AUGAACUUUGAGCAAACAUGGCGUGGCUGGCCAGCUUUUAGCGAGGAUCACCUUCAGCGACUGAUCGACGGAAUGGAUAGCAUGGACUUUCCGGUUGCGGAGCACUCGCCGCCUUUAAAUCCAUUCACAGUAUUCCAUUCAACACAGCGGAUUGACCACUCAGUCUCGGAUGAUGCUCCUGCAAACAAAUCAGCAUUAGAUUUGCAAAAUAUUGAGUCUCUAGCUGGUUUAUCUCAGCCAAAGAGUCCCCCGCUGUCAUACAUUGAAGCCUCUUGCUCUCUACUACGACCCCUAACACCAACUAUAUAUGAUUGGUUAUCAACGUCAAGAGAUGAAGCCACGAUAUUUCAUCACUACGUAACAUGGAUAGCUCCUAUCAUGAUUCCAGUGGACAACACGAAUAAUCCUUGGAAGUCUGUUUACCCGUCGACAGCACUACAAGAUUCAUCUGCUGCCUCACGAGCUUUGUACCAUGCGAUUAUUGCUCAGUCUGCAUUUAACAUGGCCAAUUUAUACAAAGAAAGUCAAGAGAUAUACCGUCAAAACGAGUCAAUCGCACUGCAGCAUUAUGGCGCUUCAUUGAGAGAGCUAAGCCAAACAUUGAGUUAUACGAAAGAAGCGGAAUAUAAUGCCUGCGCUGCUACUCUAUAUACAUUAAUGAUCUCUGAGGGUCAAGCAAGAGAUUCGGUCGCUUGGAGGAGUCAUUUUAACGGAGCUGGAAGUUUUGUAACUCAGUUUGUUCAGCAAAAGCCUUGGAUUCAGUCCACACACUCUUGGGUAAUAUCUCAAAGCAUCGCCCUUUCAUUCGAAAUUUCGCAAACAGGAAACACAAAGCCUCAUAAUAGCUCUCCGAUCACCGAUAUUCUUUUCGAAGGCGUUGCUUCCCGCCGAAACUUUGGGUAUACAAUCGGUGCCAGCUGCGACGUUUUACGAAUAAUUUCAUCAACCAGGCUCUUCAUGGAACGCAUUGCGCGCGGCGAUGUACCCGACAAUCUCUGUCUAAUAAUUCAGGGCUAUGUAGCGGAAUUAUUACCUGAAAAUCACACAAAGUGCGGAAUUGAUCUGGAUAUCCCAGAACGGGAGAGCGUUGUGAAGUUAUUGCCCAGAACAGAGCAGUUUAGAUUUUUGGACUGCCUUCAUCUUCGCCUCUUCCGUACGGCGGCGCUGAUUUAUUUAUAUCAAGCCAUUCUCAAAGUUCCUCCUCGUGGUGUCAGCAGAUAUGUCAGAUCUGUCUUGGCGGAUGCCAUGACAUUUAUCCACAUUCGAGGAGGUGCAAUAUCGAUGUGGCCCGUCUUUAUCGCUGCUACAGAGGCUACCGAUGAAGCAGACCAGCAAAUGGUUGAACGAUGGCUAUCGGUAUCAAGCCAGCUAGGAAUCCCAAACCGCCUAGUGGCUGGGACUGUUAUUCGCCAAAUAUGGCAUGAUCGAGCACAAGAAGCCAUUGCGAGAGGCGUUGAACCAGAUCAAGUUGCACUAGACUGGAAAGCAGUCCAACAGCGAUUGGGAGUCGACCUUUUGCUUUUGUGA